UUUCAGGCCAUGUGGAGACCCCUUGAAGGUUCUUCCCAAAGGCAUCCAAGGAAGACCUUUUCUCUCCAUGGCCUCCAGUUUUCUUUGGAUUUCCCCUGGAUGGAGGAAAAAGAAGGAAAGGGGGAAGUGGGAAAAGGUGAAGGGAGUCGGCAGGAAGGAGGCUUUGUGGCUGGAGCUGUGCCUGUCUUUGCAUCUCAUCAUGGGCUCAACAGAGGGAAUGCAAGAAUGCCUAAUGGAACUUAGUUCAGCAUGGACUCAAUUUGUGAACGUGGUUGUGAAUUAGCCAGUUGAGAAGGCAGGUCCUUCUUAGUUUGGAAGAUUCAUUUGGGAAAUGUGGCCGGAGUGACCCUUUGAGAUGCCGAGGAAGCAGAGUUGGGGGUCCCUGUGGCAGGGGAGAUAAUGACACAACCAAUAAAGAAAUCCUUUUUCCUUUGAGCAUUUAGCACAAUACUGGUAAUUCACAGAAAUCCAUGAUCCAGAAUAUGUUACACCCUUGAAUGUUGGGAGGAAUUCUGCCUGCCUUGUGUUCCUUUAACCAUGUUUGGAUUUGACCCAAUGAAAUUAGUGUGGUCCUCCAAUAUGGGAAAAGGGUUCAGUUCCCUCCUUCUGUGUUUCCUCCCUUCCUUCCACCUUUCCUUUCUUCUUUCCCUUUUUGCUUUGUUACCUUGAGCCAGAGGUACGCGACUUCAUGUCUAACCUUUUGCUUCUUCUUUCUUGACCAGGACAUGAGAGUUCUCUGGAGUCACCCCUGCCGUGAUGGGAAAUGAACCAGCUUCUAGUAGAUAUUGAGGCAUUUGGAAACCAAAGUGCAGUAAGAAAACCAGUCCCCUAGGAAAAAGGAUUCCUCUCAAGUGGCUGAUCCUGCAGAAUUCCUACAUUCACUUUGGAUUAUAGAGUAGAACCAUAGAGUCGGAAGAGACUGCAUGAGGCACCCAGUCCAGGCCUCUGCCGUGCAGGAAACGUGCAAAGUACCCCUGACAGAUGAGCAUCUGACCUCUGUUUAAAAGAUUCCAGAGGAGCCUCCACUGCAUUUUGAGGCAGAGAGUUCCACUGCUGAACAGCUCUAACAGUCAGGAAGUUCUUAAUGUUCAGGAAGAAUCCACUUUCCUGUAAUUUGAACCCACUGCUGUGAGUAAUCAGAAAGGGAAAAACAAGAAUCAAGUGUCCUUUUUAGAAUUAAAUAUACAUAACACUGCUGACAUGGAGAAGAAAGCAUAUAAAUGUAUCGAAAGUGGAAAGAGCUUUAGUCAGCAUGGAAAGCUGAAGGCACAUCAAAGGACUCACACUGGGGAGAAACCCUAUAACUGCCUGGAGUGUGGACAGAGCUUCACUCAGAAGGGAAGCUUACAUACACAUCAAAGGACUCACACUGGGGAGAAACCCUAUAACUGCCUGGAAUGUGGACAGAGCUUCACUCAGAAGGGAAAUUUACAUACACAUCAAAGGACUCACACUGGGGAGAAACCCUAUAAAUGCCUGGAGUGUGGACAGAGCUUCACUCAGAGUUCAGCUCUACGUUCACAUCAAAGGACUCACACUGGGGAGAAACCCUAUAACUGCCUGGAGUGUGGACAGAGCUUCACUCAGAAGGGACACUUACAUACACAUCAAAGAACUCACACUGGGGAGAAACCCUAUAAAUGCCUGGAUUGUGGACAGAGCUUCACUGAGAAUGGACACUUACAAAGACAUCAAAGGACUCACACUGGGGAGAAACCCUAUAACUGCCUGGAGUGUGGACAGAGCUUCACUCAGAAGGGAAGCUUACAUAGACAUCAAAGGACUCACACUGGAGAGAAGCCCUAUAAAUGCCUGGAGUGUGGACAGAGUUUCUCUCAUAAUUCACAUCUACAUAGACAUCAAAGGACCCACACUGGGGAGAAACCCUAUAACUGCCUGGAGUGUGGACAGAGCUUCUCUCAGAAGGGAACCUUACAUUCACAUCAAAGGACUCACACUGGGGAGAAACCCUAUAAAUGCCUGGAGUGUGGACAGAGCUUUGCUCGUAGUUCAGGACUACGUUCACAUCAAAGGACCCACACUGGGGAGAAACCCUAUAAAUGCCUGGAGUGUGGACAGAGCUUUGCUCAUAGUUCAGGCCUACGUUCCCAUCAAAGGACUCACACUGGGGAGAAAACCUAUAACUGCCUGGAGUGUGGACAGAGCUUCACUCAGAAGGGAAGCUUGCAUAAACAUCAAAGGACUCACACUGGGGAGAAACCCUAUAACUGCCUGGAGUGUGGACAGAGCUUCACUCAUAAUUCACAUCUACAUAGACAUCAAAGGACCCACACUGGGGAGAAACCCUAUAACUGCCUGGAGUGUGGACAGAGCUUCACUCAGAAGGGAAGCUUACAUAGACAUCAAAGGACCCACACUGGGGAGAAACCCCAUAACUGCCUGGAGUGUGGACAGAGCUUCACUCAGAGUUCAGGACUACGUUCACAUCAAAGGACUCACACUGGGGAGAAACCCUAUAAAUGCCUGGAGUGUGGACAGAGCUUCACUCAGAGUUCAGGACUACGUUCACAUCAAAGGACUCACACUGGGGAGAAACCCUAUAAAUGCCUGGAGUGUGGACAGAGCUUCACUCAUAGUUCAGGCCUACGUUCACAUCAAUGGACUCACACUGGGGAGAAGCCCUAAAAAUGCCUGGAGUGUGGACAGAGCUUUGCUCAUAGUUCAGAACUACGUUGACAUCAAAGGACCCACACUGGGGAGAAACCCUAUAACUGCCUGGAGUGUGGACAGAGCUUUGCUCGAAGUUCAGCACUACGUUCCCAUCAAAGGACUCACGCUGGGCAGAAACCAUAGAAAUGCAUGGAGUGUGGACAGAGCUUUUCAUGGAAUAGACAUCAAUUUGAGUUUAGCAUAUUCUAAUAAUUGUAUAUUUAUUUCCUUUCUUAGUUUAAUAAAAUUAUUAGUAUCUAAAUCUUCUAAUUCUCUAUAACAUUUAUUCCCAGAUCCUUAAUUGUCUUUAAUUUUAAUUAUCCCCUCCUGUUUUAUUUUUUAAAUCUCUUCUUAGUGAUAAUUAAAUAACUACACUUCUGACUUGUUCCAGUUAAUUUGCAAAACUUUUAAUUUUCCCAAAUUCUUCUAGGUAAUUUUCAUUUUUUCCCCAUUGUUGUAUUGGGUUUUCCACUGAUAAAUGGGUAUCUUCUGCAAAUAAAUUAAUUUUAUUUGUUUUAAUACUCUUAGUUCCAUAACUAAUUUAUCUGUUUCCUGGAUCUUUAUUUUCCAAUAUUUCUCAAUAUAUUCCUCUAUUUUACUUUUGGAGUUUUCUUUUGCCAAGUAUAGUUCUUGAUAUGAUCUUGGAAAAGUUAAUAUUUUGUCUUCCAUCCUUGUAUGAUUCUUACCUUCCUUGUCUUUAAUGGAUGUUAUUAAUUUUUUCCUUUCUAAUGUGUGCUGCCUUGGCUAAUAAUUUGGAGUUUCUAUUACUGUAUUCAAAGUAUUCUUGUUGUGAAUGCGCCUUCAGAGACUGUGAAUGAUAGUGGUGGGAUUAGGAGAGGAAGGAAAAGCCCUCGCGAGGAGGGCUCAUUGGAGGAUUUGUUUAGGAAAAGGGUCAGGGAGACUGAUGGGGAGUCUUCUGAGCAGGAUUUAUGUGGGGAUCCUGAGGUGGAAAUGGAUGCUGGGGCCAAUUCCCAGAGCUGAGUCUGCAAGCUCUGGAAAUUGGAGCCAUAACAAAGCGCGCUCCUGGAACACCUGGCAGCACAGCCUGGGAACUGGUGGAGUGAAAAUGUAAACAAGUAUAAUGAGUAGUUUGUGUGAAAAUGGUAGAAAUGUGAUACAGGGGGUGGGGUUUUGGUGAUGAUAUUUACGUGUGAUGUGACGUAGUAGCAAAGGUAAUAAAAGUGGUUGUAUGUAAACAUUAUGUCAUUCUCGACUUUUUCCAAGUCGUGUGUUCUUCAAUAAAGAUUGGUUUUGAGA